AUGGCCCCCAAGCGUUGUUGUAUCACUGGUGCUUUACACUAUGUGCAUACGAGGCUCUGCCGAGCUCUUCGCUGGGUCUACGUCGGAGAACUUUGUCUGCUCUGUCAGCUUCGCCAAGCGUCGAUCGUGACCUCCCCCUUGCUUGUGCCGUUACCUACCAUGGGCAUUCCGAAGAUAUGGAUGGAGCUCAAACAAGUGGAAGAAAAUAUAUCAAUAAUCUCGCACACCCUGAGCGCUGGAUUUCUGGCCAAUCCUAGUGGGACACGGACCAUGUUAAUCGGAAUCGAUGCAAGUGCAUGGAUGCAUUGUGCGGCCGCAAAUGAGAAGUCGGGCCAUGGCAAUGCAAGACAGGAGCUUUGGGCCCGUGUAGAAAGGUUUCUGACUGCGGCAGUAACGCUCGUCUUUGUUUUCGAUGGCCCAGGGCGCCCAGGGCUCAAAAACGGUCGCCGAAUCUGUAAAAAUGGCCAUCGUCUUACUGGAGACUUCAAAAAGAUUAUCGAAGCCUUUGGUUGUGCUUGGUUCACGGCUGCAGGAGAGGCGGAGGCAACUCUCGCAAACAUGUCUUCCGUUGGCAUUCCUGUACCAAUCGAUAUAGUGCAGUCAGAUGACUCUGACUGCUUUGCUUUUGGUGCCUCUGCGGUCCUACGUAUCCGUUCAGAAGACAAGAAGAACUUUCAAGCCUCCCGCUACUCUGCUGCUGACAUUAGUCAAACCUUGGGGUUAUCCCGAGUUGACUUUGUUCUAAUAGCGUUGCUCGUUGGGGGUGAUUAUUAUGAUGGCCUAGGGAAUUGCGGAAUUGCUACUGCUCUUGGACUUGUUCGAGCAGGCUUUGGAGCUACGCUGAGUAAAGCUAUCGAAGGCAAAUCAAACAAUGCGGCUCGCCAUGCACUUCUUGCGUGGCGCGAGGAACUCAAGCAAGAGUUGCAGACAAAUGCAUCUGGCAUGCUGCCUACCCGUAAACCGGCCCUCGCCCAGUCGCUUCCUUCUUCGUUUCCGAAACUCGACAUCAUUCGGCUAUAUCUUCACCCAAUAGUCUCGGAGGACAUUCCUGGUCUUGUCAUUCAGCGCCGUAUGCCCAAUCUCAAUGCUCUAGCCAUACUAGCCGAACGACUGUUCAAUUGGGGCCAUAUAGCCGGCAUUGUGAAGCGUAUUUCUUCCCGGAUUCUCCCGAGCCUCGUGGUAACAACUCUCAUCACAUCAACACUCGCAAAUGACCAUGGUCAAGCAUCCCCACGGCCACCAAUUCUCAAACGGAUUGAGCGCGAGCGCAUACAUCCUAGCACAGGAAAUAUCCGAGAGUUCCGAAUCUCAGUGGCUCUUGACCCUGCUAUCCUCAAUGACGCCUUGAUAGGCCUGACAAGCGAGCAUGAGCCUAUCGGAUCUUGGUCGGAAACGGAGGUUACAAAGAUGAGGGUUUGGAUACCUGCCUCCAUGGUGGAGGCUGUGGACAGAUCGUGGGUUUUGGAUUUCCGUUGUGGUCCUGCCGUAGGUACAAAAACCAGCCAGAAAAUCCAAGGUGGAUCAACUCGAUACACGGCUAUCUCGACUACGUUCCGUGGCCAUGAGCAGAUUUUAAUUAUGAGUGACUCAGAUGGAGAGUUGUAG